UGAUGACUACUGGUAGCAGGUAGCAUCAGAAGCACAUGAUUCUCCUGCUGGAGGGUUCUGGAGAAACCGGUUCAGACUGGUUUUACUGGUUUUACCUCCAGUUCUGAUUCAGCCUAAUGAUACGCCUUUCCACUCUUCCUGUUUGCUGUUUGACUGAAAGGAGACAAACAACCAGUUGCUUCCUCUGAUGGAAACACUUUGCGUUGAAGUGACUGACAAGAUGCUGGAAACGUGGAUGAGCUGCUAGAACCAUCAGCUACCGGUGCUACUGGUUUAACUGGUGGUACUGGUCCAGCUGCACUCAGCUGAUGUUGUCUGAUCUCAGAGAGCUGGUCUGGUCUUCCAGCAGUUCCUGAUCCUGGUCCAUGUUGUUCUCCUUACAGAUUUGAUUCUGGUUCUGGAUCCAACAAAGACCCAGUUUCUACAGCUUCUAAUCUUGGAUCAUGAAGGAAGAGAACUUCAACGCUGAAGUGGUAAAGCUUCUAGAGGAAGCUCCAAACGCCCGGAAAGCUCUGCAGGAAAACUACGCCAACCUGCUGGAGGUGGCCCAGUACUGCGACAAUAACUACAUACAGUCAGGUGAGGGCAGCAUGAAGGCACUGGAGGAAACGAAAAACUUUACCACCCAAUCACUGGCCAGUGUUGCCUACCAGAUCAGCACUCUGGCCAACAGCGUCCUGAGUUUGCUCAACGCUCAGACGAAUCAGCUUUGCCACAUGGAAUCAUCCAUCAACCUGAUUGGCCAGACUGUGGAGAUGCACAAAGAGAAGGUAUCUCGUAGGGAGAUUGGCGUCUUCACAGCGGUGAGACGAGUUCCUCGUGGCCACAAGAUUAUUCCUCCUACAGCCACACAGCCCCACCCACCUUACAGCCGCCUACCAAUCAACUACCAGCAGCUGGACGGGCUGGGCCACGGCAUGAAGGUCUCUGGGAAACAGCCGGACAGAACAGGAAUGAUCCGGAAGCACGGAGCCUCUGUCAGGUCCAACAAACCUCCAGAGCCGGUGCAGUGUCCAGUGGCGCCACCAGCUGGGGGGUCCAGCUUUGGAAAACCUGUAGCUCCGCCCACCCUGCCGUCCACCUUGCAGGCGCCACCUGAUUGUGACAUCAUCAAAACGUUGCUGGAAGAUGCCCCACCCCCUCCUCUGAUAGUGACUGAGGUGUCGGCUCAGAGUGAUGAGGUCAUCGACAUCUUAGCCCUGCCCCCUCCCCCUCCUCCUCCACCGCUUUCAUCCUCAGAGGCUCCAACCAAUCACAGUACUCCACCACCGGCUCCUCCCCUGAUUCCACCCGCCACUCUAGAGACAGUGGUAGAAGAGAACAGCUUUCCCCCUCCUUCCCCUCCCCCUCCCCCAGCUGAAGAUGACAGCUUCCUGCAGUUUUCCAAUGACAACUCAGAGCUGCUGACUCCGCCUCCUCCUCCUCCACCCAGCCAGGAAAUAGAUGUGGCUCUCCUGUCCAGGAGGAGUCGCCGCCGUCGCUCGCCUCCCACCACUCGCUCUGUCUCUCUAAGGGUCCGCUCAGGCCCCGCCUCCCGAUGCCGCUACACUCGCUCCCUCUUCCUGCCCGCUGUCCAAUCACUCAUGAUCCCCCCUCCUCCACCCUACCCUCCCCCAUGUGCCCCCUGUGGCCCCCCCUCCACUUCCUAUUCCUCCUUCGCCCUGCUUCCUCGCUCCUCCUCCUCGCCUCGGCUCUGCUUACCUGCUCAUCUGGAACACCUGGAUCUGGAUAUUCCAGCCCCGCCCCCUUCUCUGCUAUUGGAUGAUGAGGGAGGGUUUGAUGAAGUUAUGCCACCACUUCCUCCUCCAGUGGAUUACGACACCAAUGCACCCCCAGAGUACCUAGAAAAAGUGGUGGCGCUCUACAGCUAUGAUGGUAUGAAACCUGAUGACCUACCUUUUGUUGAGGGUGACAUCAUAUACCUGACCCAUCGCCAUGAUGACGGCUGGUGUGAAGGGGCCAUCAAUGGCAAGCAGGGCUUCUUCCCUAAAAACUACGUCCAGUCAUGUGGUUAGAUAAAGCCACACCCAUCUUUGUGUUGCCAUGGCGAUGUCAUGGAGUCUGCCUGUGUUCCCUUAAAGACUUAACUGUAUCAGCAUUUAUAGAUUUAUGCAACCCCUGGAGCAGGUAGAAGUCCCUGACGUCUGAUUAACCCUUUCAGCCUCAGAGUAAAUGCUUGCAGUAGACAUGACAUCUGUAAAUGAUGAAAAUAAAGUUUAAUCUUAAAGAUGCUAA